CCUGAUGUUAAGUGAUCUGCCUGCCUCAGCCUCCCUAAGUGCUAGGAUUACAGGCGUGAGCCACCGCGCCCAGCCCUCUCUGCACUAUUGUUGAAAUGUAGCAUUUCCACUCUUCUAUGGCUAUGAAACCAUUUUGAACCUGUAUCAGAGGUACACACUUUAGGAAAAAUCAAUACAGACAAUAGUGCCUCUUGUUGUGGAUUUUGCUUUUAUCAGUGUGUUGGAAAAGGUCCUCUUUAUCCCCAAGAUUAGUUAAUGCUUCCUUAUGUUGUCAUUUAUGUAGGCUUUUUUUCCAUUUAAUGUUUUAAGCCAGUUGAAAUGGAUUUUUGCAUAUGAUGUAAAAGAGAUGCAGCUCAUUUUGUGUAUCUGUUGACUGAAAAAUGCCAAUUAUUCCCUAACCUUGCAUUAAAUGUGUUUUUGUUUUUGUUUUCAGGUAUGGAACCCUUCAGAUCAAAGCUUACCUGUAAAUUUAGUAUGUAAAACAGAUUAAUGUAGUUGAAAUGGGGAAGAAUGAGAGUUAUCCCAACCAGCCAGCACUCCCUACCCCCAUUCCCAUACUUCCCCUCAUGGGAGGCUGCAGGGAGCUCUUUGAAAACCAUUGGAAAGGGCAGCACGGUGGCUCACGCCUGUAAUCCUAGCUCUUUGGGAGGCUGAGGUGGGCAGAUCACCUGAGGUGAGGAGUUCGAAACCAGCCUAACCAACCUGGCUUAACCCUGUCUCUACUAAAAAUACAAAAAUUAGCUGGGCAUGGUGGUGGUGCUUGUAAUCCCAACUACUUGUGAAGCUGAGGCAGCAGAAUAGCUUCAACCCAGGAGGUGGAGGUUGCAGUGAGCCAAGAUUGUGCCAUUGUACUCCAGCCUGGGCAACAGAAUGAGACUCCAUCUCAAAAAAAAAAGAAAACCAUUAGAAAAAUUCAUCCUUUCAUAAAUGACUUGAAAUGCCACCUCUGUAAUAUACUACAUUAAAAAUUUUACAUACUCCAAUUGUUUUUCUAUUUUUACACCAAAUUAUACUUUAAGGAUCCCAAGAAGAAGAAAGUGAGAUGUUUAAUAAAUGUGUGCAUAACAAUAUGAGUUGUUUGGGGGUUUUUUGGCCUUUAAAAAUAGCAUAGAUCUUCAAAAUAAUGUGCAGCAUUGAAAAGAGCUGAAUAAAUACCUUUAAUACAGAGAAGGUUUAACUUGGUAAAACUAUGGUAGAUAAUGUGUGUCAAAAGUUUACAAUAUUCAUAUCCUUUGAUCUAGCAUCUCACAGAGUUUCACCCUAAAGAAAUAAAGAGAAAUGUAUGAAAAAAAAUUUGCUAUUGUCUAUGUUAUUGAUAAAAUUGAAGAUGAUCAAUAACAGUGUGGGACUGGGUAAAUGAAUCAUGGCACAUCCCCACGAGAUGGAAUAUUCUUCAGCCACAGAAGUGAUGUUGUGGAAAGAAAAAUAUUGAGUGCUUGUGAUGAAUCUGGCACCAUACCAAGCAUCUUAAUUAUACUGCCUUAAGCCUAACAAUAUCCCUAUAUGAUAGGUAUUAUUAUUCCCAUUUAUAGGUGAGAACACAGAGAAGUUAGUUAAAGUUCAAACAGCUAGUAAGGUAGUGUUGCUGGAAUUCAACCCAUGUAUACUCUUAACCGUUAUUCAUAGCCACUGUCAUAAUGAUACAGGAAAAUACUAUUUACUGUAAGUUGUUUUAAUGCAGUUUAACUGACAUUAAACAUCAAAUGAAACCUCCUAUAUGCAAUCCCUUCUUCCUUUCCAAAGUUCCCAUGCUUGGUAAUUUUUUAUCCUAAAAUGUAUUUAUAUAUUUUUUAAUGCUUAUGGAAGUAUUAUCUGCCUACUCUAAGAAUUCAAACUGUGCAGAAGAUUACAAAGUAGCUGCAUCUUUAGUCAUAACGACACCCUCUGUAUAUGAAAGGAUACAUUUGUAGGCUCUUUUUUGUUCGCUCAAUUCUGUAUGUUCUGGCUCUGGUAUUAUUAGCUUGUGGGCCCUGGUUUGGAAUAGAGGUGAACUAGAAAGGCAAACUGAGUGGAGUGCAGGUAUGGGUGGUUGACUUUCACCACAGAGGUGAUUAGAAAAACUGAUUCUGGAGCCAAUCCGGCUAGAUGGAGUCCCAGCUCUUUCUUACCAGCUGUUUGAACUUGGGCAACUAACAGGAGUGCUUACUGUGUGUGAUAUAUGUACAUGGUUUCCCCAUUUGGUUUUAAUGAGUUAGAUAUUUUUAUUCCCUUUUUAUGCAAAUGACAAAAUUAAAAUUCAGGGAGGUUACAUAUAGCAGUAGGAUGAAUCUUUAGACCCAUUUCUAGAACUACAGACAAGAUAAAUACUGAAAGCUGCUUGGCCAGGAGAUACCAAAAUGCUCACAAAUGAGAAACGGACCUGCAUAGCCCUCACGCCCUCUAGAACCAAGGGGUAGCGUUUUAAGAUACAGGACUGGGUGGGUGCCCAAUCUGGUAUCAGAAAGCUGUGCUUUGAAAACCUGACUGCUUUUAAGUAUUUUCUAUUUUGUUCUCAUUUUGUAGGUAUUAAAAUAAUUUCUGAAUUAUCAGUCUGUCAUUUGUGCUUUGGGGAAGCAGAAAAAGCAAAAGGGGUCUUUGGCCAUCUUCUGCUGGAGAUUUCAGGGAGGAUGUGUCUGCAAGAGACCAGAUGUGCUGGGUUUCAAGUCCCAGAAGCCCAAGGGGAAAAAGAACCGCAGGGAGGAAAAGACUGUGCAGAGGCUUCUGGAGUCUUCUCUGCUCUAACCUUGGAAGGUUUUGAACAAUGUUUCUCGGAGGAUGGCCUUUCACUUACUCAACUGCCCAGCAUAACUCAUCCCCAGGAGUGUUGAGUUACAUGAUGGAAUUUGAACAUUACUUCAAGAGGUUUUAUAUUUUGGAUUAGCUAAUUGGGGUUGUCCUCUGCUGACUGUUUCUUCGGACGCAUUUUUUGGUGUGCUUUUGAGGCAUUAAAUGCAAAGAUAUCAUACCAUGGACUACAAGGAAAGCUGCCCAAGUGUAAGCAUUCCCAGCUCUGAUGAACACAGAGAGAAAAAGAAGAGGUUUACUGUUUAUAAAGUUCUAGUUUCAGUGGGAAGGAGUGAAUGGUUUGUCUUCAGGAGAUAUGCAGAGUUUGAUAAACUUUACAACACUUUAAAAAAACAGUUUCCUGCUAUGGCCCUGAAGAUUCCUGCCAAGAGAAUAUUUGGUGAUAAUUUUGAUCCAGAUUUUAUUAAACAAAGACGAGCAGGACUAAAUGAAUUCAUCCAGAACCUAGUUAGGCAUCCAGAACUUUAUAACCAUCCAGAUGUCAGAGCAUUCCUUCAAAUGGAUAGUCCAAAACACCAGUCGGAUCCAUCUGAAGAUGAGGAUGAAAGAAGUUCUCAGAAGCUACACUCUACCUCACAGAACAUCAACUUGGGACCAUCUGGAAAUCCUCAUGCCAAACCAACCGACUUUGAUUUCUUAAAAGUUAUUGGAAAAGGAAGCUUUGGCAAGGUUCUUCUUGCAAAACGGAAACUGGAUGGAAAAUUUUAUGCUGUCAAAGUGUUACAGAAGAAAAUAGUUCUCAACAGAAAAGAGCAAAAACAUAUUAUGGCUGAACGUAAUGUGCUCUUGAAAAACGUGAAACAUCCAUUUUUGGUUGGGUUGCAUUAUUCGUUCCAAACAGCCGAAAAGCUUUAUUUUGUUCUGGACUUUGUUAAUGGAGGGGAGCUUUUUUUCCACUUGCAAAGAGAACGGUCCUUUCCUGAGCACAGAGCUAGGUUUUAUACUGCUGAAAUUGCUAGUGCAUUGGGUUACUUACACUCCAUCAAAAUAGUGUACAGAGACUUGAAACCAGAAAAUAUUCUUUUGGAUUCAGUGGGACAUGUUGUCUUAACAGAUUUUGGGCUUUGUAAAGAAGGAAUUGCUAUUUCUGACACCACUACCACAUUUUGUGGGACACCAGAGUACCUUGCACCUGAAGUAAUUAGAAAACAGCCCUAUGACAAUACCGUGGAUUGGUGGUGCCUUGGUGCUGUGCUAUAUGAAAUGCUGUAUGGAUUGCCUCCUUUUUAUUGCCGAGACGUUGCUGAGAUGUAUGACAAUAUCCUUCACAAACCUCUAAGUUUGAGGCCAGGAGUAAGCCUUACAGCCUGGUCCAUUCUGGAAGAACUCCUAGAAAAAGACAGGCAAAAUCGACUUGGUGCCAAGGAAGACUUUCUUGAAAUUCAGAAUCAUCCUUUUUUUGAAUCACUCAGCUGGGCUGACCUUGUACAAAAGAAGAUUCCACCACCAUUUAAUCCUAAUGUGGCUGGACCAGAUGAUAUCAGAAACUUUGACACAGCAUUUACAGAAGAAACAGUUCCAUAUUCUGUGUGUGUAUCUUCUGACUAUUCUAUAGUGAAUGCCAGUGUAUUGGAGGCAGAUGAUGCAUUUGUUGGUUUCUCUUAUGCACCUCCUUCAGAAGACUUAUUUUUGUGAACAGUUUGCCAUUCAGAAACCAUGGAGCAAAAUAAGUCUAUAGAUGGGACUGAAGCUUCUAUUUGUGUGGAUAUAUUCAAAUAUGUAUAACUAGUGCCUCAUUUUUACAUGUAAUGAUGAAAAUUAUGAAAAAAUAUUUUCUGCUACAUGCAAGAAAAAUAGGGCAUUUUAAAAGAGCUGUUUUGAUUAAAAUUUAUAUUGUUUAGUAAGUUUAUUUUUAAACAAAAUUUAAAAGCUAUUAUUCUUCGCAUUAACCUAUUUUUAAAGAAAACUUUUUGCAAUUGACUGUUUUUUCCCUCUAAGUUUACACUAACAUCUACCCAAGAUAGACUGUUUUUAACAGUCAAUUUCAGUUCAGCUAACAUUUAUUAAUACCUUUGUAACUCUCUACUAUGACUUUUGUUAUCACAUCAAAACUAUGCAAUUGGUACAUGGUUGUUUAAGAAGAAAUUGUAUUCUUCCAUGAUAAAUCACUGUUUGAAAUAUUUGGUUCGUGGUAUGAUUAAAAUGUAAAAGCAUAAUUAAUGCAUUGGCUGGUAGUUAACACUUGGAGUAACUUUAUUCUGCAGAUCAUUUAAGAAGUAACAAAGGAAAUUAUUUUUUUGAAAGACCAGUUCAACUUUGUGGAUUAUUUUUCCUCAGAAGGAUAAGAAAAAGUUUAAUCGUUUGGAAUUUUAAGUACGUAUUCCCAAAGAUCUGAAAGGUAAUAAAAUGUACUGCUGGAUUUUUUAAGGUGGUACCAAAAACGAAUAUCUCUCUUAUCAUAUAUUCAUAUUACAAAUAUAUUCUAUUUAUGUUCUAUUCAUCUUUUGAAUGUUUAGUAUGCUAUUAAGUCAUUCUAAGUCUUUGUAUUUGCUUUUGCAAAUAGGUAUUUCAAAGCUCUUUUCCUAAAGGGUUAAGUAAAAUAAAAAAUUGAGCUUUCUAGAGUAUUUGCCUAAUUGGGAAUUAAAAAGUAAAAUAACAGGCCACGCAUGGUGGCUCAUGCCUAUAAUCCCAGCACCCUAGGAGGCUGGGGCAGGCAGAUUAUUUUAGCUCAGGAGUUGGAGACUAGCCUGGGCAACAUGGUGAAACCCUACCUCUACAAAAAAUACAAAAAUUAGCCAGACCUGGUGGCAGGUGUCUUUAGUCCCUGCUACUCUGGAGGCUGAAGUGGGAGGAUGGCUUGGGAGGUUGCAGUGAAUUCAAAUUGUGCCACUGCACUUCAGCCUGGGUGCCAGAGCGCAACCCUGUUAAAAAAUAAAAUAAAAUAAAAACAAAUUGUGAGUCAACAUAAAUGUAUAGAGUUUUAUUACAAUGUAACAAAAGUUAAAAAUCAGACGGAUGUGUAUUCAGUAUCCAAUUCAAUAUAUCUUAGAAAAAGUACAGGAAACACAUCUUAAAAUUGUAACCUACCAACUAACUUAUAGGCUUAUAAAAGUAAAGGAGAAUAACUGGCUGGCAUGGUGGCUCAUGCCUAUAAAAUCCCAGCACUUUGGGAGGCUGAGGCAGGAGGAUCACUUGAGCCCAGGGGUUCAAGACCAGCCUGGGCAAUAUGGUGACACCUCAUUUCUAUUCAUUUAUUUUUUUUAAAAAAGAGAAUUAACUGCAGAAGAACUUUUAAAAAUUAAAAUAAGCUUACCUUGGAAUUCUGAUUCUUGGAUUAGAGUAGAGGUAUUUUUAAGUUAUGUGGGAAACAUUCUUGUAAAAGUUUAAUGACCCACUUUAGAUGCUGCAAGACAAGCAUCCCUUCCACGUUUGUCUUGAGAAAGAAAUCACGAAAGCAUUUCUCACCAAUACUCUUUGGCUUAAAAAUGUUCAGAAUUGGGCAGCGGGGGUGGCAGUGUGCUUUUCUUACAUUAAUAAUAUUUAUAUCCAAUACACUGAAUCUUCCUUUAGAUGUAAGACUUUAAUAUCUACACUGUAAAUAUUUGAUUUAUUUGGCACUACUGUAAGUUUUGCUUUUACACAAAGCUCUUUGCUUAUUAUAAAGCAAAAUAAAAAUUGUAGUUUCUUGUAUGAUUAUUUUGUACUCAUUCAUUCCUCAGUUAGGCUGCCAAAAAUAAAAGUGCAAUAUUGUAUAUUUUUAAGAAAAUUUAAAAUAGAAUUUUGAUGUUUCUCAGAUCACAAGUUAUAUAAAUUAUGUAGUAUAAUAAAAUCAAUGAAAAGAU